AUGUCAGGGGGGUCCCGUCUGAAGAGGCUGGAGGAGGAGGAGCUGCAGGAGGGCAGUCCAGUCAGCCUGCAGACACUGCUGGACCUGCUGGUGUGCGUCUUUGAAGAGCUCCGGAUCUCUCCGAUUGCACAGGAGAGCCAUGUGGCAAGCUUCCUGCAGUGGGCGGAGCCCCUGGCACGACAGGUGAAGCAGCUGCGACUCCAGAGGGAAGACUUUGAGAUCCUCAAGGUGAUUGGUCGUGGAAACUUCAGCGAGGUUGCCAUAGCGAAGAUGAGGCGUACGCAGCGGGUGUACGCAAUGAAGAUUAUGAAUAAAUGGGACAUGGUGAAGCGCGGAGAGAUUGCUCGCUUCCAGGAGGAGAGGGAAGUGAUGGUCAGAGGUGAUCGGCGCUGGAUCACUGAGCUCCACUACGCCUUCCAAGAUGAUAACAACCUGUACCUAGUGAUGGACUAUUAUGUGGGAGGGGACCUGCUGACUCUGCUCAGUAAGUUUGGAGAUCGGAUCCCGGAGGAGAUGUCCCAGUUCUACCUGGCAGAGAUGGUGAUGGCUGUCGACUCCAUACACAGGCUGGGCUACGUGCACAGAGAUAUCAAGCCUGAUAACAUCCUGUUGGACGCACAGGGACAUAUCAGACUGGGAGACUUCGGCUCCUGUCUCAAACUCAGGGAAGACGGAAUGAUCCGUUCGUCGGUGGCGGUGGGGACCCCUGAUUACCUCUCCCCCGAGAUCCUGCACGCCGUGGAGGACAGCUCUCGCUGCUAUGGGCCCGAGUGUGACUGGUGGUCCCUGGGGAUCUGUGCGUUUGAGAUGUUUUUCGGGCAGACCCCUUUCUUCGCCGACUCCAUCGCUGAGACUUACGCGAAGAUAAUCAACUUCCAGGAGCACUUUGUGUUCCCAAGGUCCGUUCCGGAGAUCUCUGAAGAAGCCCGGGAUCUCAUUGGCGGUCUGGUCUGUGGGAGGCAGCAGCGAUUGGGGCGAUGUGGGUUUGAGGACUUCAAGGGUCACCCCUUCUUUGCGGGUAUUAACUGGGAUAAGCUGCGACACUGCCAGCCCCCCUUCCAGCCAGAGGUGUUGAACUCCACCGACACCUCCAACUUCGACGUGGUGGACGACUGUCUCAGCGACGUGGAGAGUCUGUCUGAAGUGCUGGAGGAUGUGCCUCUGGGAGUUCAUCUAGCCUUUGUGGGCUAUUCAUACACCGCGACCAAAGAGACGGGCGCUGUGGAUCGGAGCAAUGACAUCAUGGUGGAGAUCAGCAGAGAGCAGCUCUCUGAAGAACAGGACCUGCUGUUCCAGGAAACCCUGGUAGGGGGCGCUGCUUUCUUUUUAGAGCUGAGUCAAGUGUGGAUGCCGGCUGAGCUGCCCCCAUGCCUAGAGCUCCCCCUGGAGCCAGAGGAGGCUAGUGCAGAGCCAGACAGCUGCCAGGAAGAAGCGUUCAUCAGCAGGACCAUCAUUGGAAACCUGGAGAGUCGGUUGCGAGAUGCAGAGAGACGGAACUGGGAGCUAGAAGAGGAGAUUGAGAGGUUAAACCUGGAGAUCAAGACUCUGAAAUCUGCACAAGAGAAAGAGCUAAGAACCCUCCAAUCUCUCCACUCUCUCCCUGCCUGCAGCCUGGACCACACGUGGGAUACCUUGCGGGCGGAUUGGAGGGCAAGUCAGUCCACAUUCCGGCACGGAACCGAGAACUGGAGACAGGGGACCUGGGUGACAUGGCUGGGGCAUCAGAAGCACAGGACGGUGACCGGAUGGGUGCAGCAGCAGAGCUCAGUGGCGCCCUCUCUCUGCAAGUACCCCCUUGUUGUUCCAAUCCACCGCCACCUGCUCCUGUUCUCCAGGAUGCGUCGGCCGAAUGCCAGGAGUGAGGGUUAUCUGCUUCUCUGCACGGCAGGAUGGGCGUUCAGCUCUGGGGCCUGUUGCUCACUCAUCGAGCUCUCCUGAAUGAAGUACUCUACUGAUUGAACGAACAACACCCCACAACCCAAAAUUGGCAUCGAAGCCUAUGACAACUUGCUGUCGCAGAAAAAGAAAAAAGGAGAGAAAGAAGGAAGGGAAGCAAAAAGAAAGAAACUUGCAGACAUGCACAGCUUGGAAGCAGGGGAGAGGAAUGUGACUUUCCCGGGUGCGAAUCAAAAAAGUAAUGCCUCUGAUACGAGUCAGAGCAUGCCAAAGAUUAGAUUCUUGGUACAAAGACUGCUGUUUUGUGCUGGAAAAUUAAGCUGUGGACAUUUUUCUCUAAAAAAAAAAAAAUUGCAGCGCCCUUGGAAAAGACGGUUUCUGCUGCUACUAGGGAAAUGUAUGGAGACCGCUGGAAAUGAAGUGGAGACAGACAGUAGGCAGGACACACUUCUUCACAAAGAGAGUGGUGAAGAAUGACUUGGAUGAUUUAAGACCGGACUUGACAAAGUGUUGAGUUCAACGAGUGAUUGUGGAGAAGUGAGGGAAAGCAUUGUGCAUUGUUUGUCUAUGCAACUCCUACAUGCUUCCCCACUUCACUUCCCCACAAUCAGCCUUGACAAAGCUUUUCACAAGCAACUUUUACUAGAAUAGUUAAUAAGCAAGACAAGUAAUGACCGAAGCAGAAAGAACAAAAGAUACACAAAAACACACACACACACACACACAACAGGAUGUUAAACAGGUAAGAACUAGGACCAUGUAGAUUGUGUGAAGUGUUCCUUCACUCAGACAUGGAAACUCUGCUGGCCAAUGAGAACCUUGCUGACUACUUCAAACUUCAGUGGGGUUUUUGUUAUUUGUAUUGUUUGUUUGUUAAAUCCCAACGUUGUGUAUAAAUUGCUAAUUAUUAUGUAACUGAAUAACUGAGACAUUUGGCUAAAAGAGCCAUACCAAUAACCAGCGAAGUCUAUAAAGCAUUAAGGAAUACCAGAGGUCUAUAGAGCCAUACAAAAUACCAGAGGUCUAUAUAGCCAUACCAAUAACCAGAGAAGUCUAUAGAGCCAUACAGAAUACCAGAGAGUUCUAUACAGCCAUACAGAAUACAAGAGGUCUAUAUAGCCAUACCAAUAACCACAGAGGACUACAUUAAAGUGAUUGUGGCUGGCAAAUUAGUUACAUUGUUAGGUUUUUAAUGUGCAGUUUUGAAAAGACACGUGCUUUAGCAAACAUUCAUUUUCAUUUUAAACAUGGUAUCUGCAUGACACUCGGUUCAAGUAUUCUGUUUGCAAGUCAUGCUGGAGGGUGAAACUGUCCCCAUCCCUUCACCGGCUUCUUUCCUGUCAAUAACCAAUCGGCUGCUUCCCCCAUUGACUGACAUGGUUUCAGCCAGUCAAUUUGACCCAGAAGACACUGGGGUGAAAUGGCCAAGGAGGUAAAGCAGUAACAGACUUCCUGGAAGGCAAAACAUCCGCUUUGAACUUUCUUUAACCCAGUUUAAUACAUAAUGAAAAGGGAUGUUUGAUAUAGUGCUGUGUGUUCCUGUAACACUUGAGACCUGUGUACAGGAAUAAACAGAACAUUACUUUGAACUCUACAAAUACUUUGAUGCUACUUAAUUAGCGUUCUGCUUACUGAACAUGUUUUGUUCGUUUUUUAAACACAAGUUCAUUUUUGAAACACGUCAGUGUGCUGAAUUUGAAACGUACCCGUUUGACAGAUUGUGUCGGCCCAUGUUUCAAGUGUUGUGGCCUUCGGCUCGUGUUGCCAAUGCAGAGAAUAGUGACUAAAAGGAUAUCGUUGUUUGCAAUCUGGUGGGUGGGCGCAUUUUCUAGGUGACAACAGCUCAAAUCUGCUCUAAAACGUUCCAAUUCAGGUCCAAAGAGCUAUAUUGGUGCUCACAAGUAUUAUAUGCACAGGUUAUCAAUUCUUCUGCUGUGAAAGAGUCUGGAACAUCUAGGACUAGAAGUCUUUUUCAGCGCCUUCAAGAGAUUAUAAAAGACUUCUAGUCCAAAUGUGUUUACUAAUGAGUGUUUAUUGACUAUGGGUAACAGGAUGUUAAUGUAAGUAAUUUGAUUAUAAUAAAAUUGUUAUGUAGAGUUAUCCCUGAGUCGCUGGCCUGGUAAAAGAACGGUCUCGUGGUCUGCAGGGUGAGUCAUCCAAGCAGGUAAGCGUGCUGGCUAUGCAAAGUUGGCAGUCUUCGCUGGGGAUUUUGAAGGGAGAGUUGGAUUGGCUCUGUGGUUUAGGGAAGCAAAACCAGCAGGGACUGUUUCUCCUCAUCGCGCUACAGCGCACCCUGCUGGCCAGCCGCCCAGUGAGCUCAGAGCGGACACCUGCAGGGCUGGCCUUCGUCCUCCAGAGAGAACUCAACUGAUAGUAACUAAGCUGUCCAUGAUGCCAAAGAACACAUUUUGCACUACACAAGAUGCCUGGGUGUUUACGUGUGUAUUUCUAUUAUCAUUAUAUACUGCCUAUGUUUGUACAUGCACUGCCUGGGAUUCAUAGAUCCCUUUCCCUUGGUAGCAGCGAAGGCUCACUUGUCUUUAUGCUAGAUGGAUCUCAAACUAGAGGUUGGAAACAGCCGCGUCACACACACAAACCAAAGCGGUUCUUCAUCAAUGCAUGUAUUGCAUGCGCGGUCAAUUGCAUAUAAAUCUACAUGUAUAUAUUUCGAUGUUAUGUCAGUAAUUUAGAGGGUCCCAGUUAGAAAGAAAAGAAUACUCCUGUGCUGGAUGGAUCGUCUCGCCCAGGUUAUUUUACAAAUAAGGGCAGGGUGCAUUCAGUUUACAAGUUUACCCCCCCACCAGACUGACUAACAAAGUCAGCAUUAGGUUGUGCUCUGAACCAACGGGAAUCUUUGUGACUGUUCUCACAAGAUUUGGAAUCCCACUUGUCAUACAAUAUAACUGUCUAUAAUCUAGCGUUACUAUUCACAGGAUAGAAUGGUACACAUCAGGCUCAGACACUGGUAACGGGAAUGCCAAAGAAAGAAACAAAGAAAGGAAGGUGAAUUUCAUACUUAAUUCAGCCUGUACACAUCAUCAACAGUGUGUUUAGGUGUGUGUAGCUUUACUGCAGACAAGAGGCAGUCCUAAACUAUGUGAGACUAAACUAUGCAGGGAAAUCUGCUCUAUGAAUUUUGAGUGGUGAGUGUAUAGAUGAUAAAUGUGCAAUAUUUAUAAUAUAUGGAUGCAUGACAGAAGCACUGUAAGAGAAGUGUCUACAUUUCUGGUAAUAAAAAGAUGAUAAUA